AUGAUACCCCGCCCAGCUCCUUUCCACUUCCACAACACUCUCACAUCUGCAACCACGCAUUCAUACCAACACAACUCCUCCGUCCUCUACGAUGCAUCUCCAACGUCUUCUUCUUCUCUCGGUCCCCUUGUUGCCCGCUGUCCUGGCAGUGGAUUCCCCUAUCGACGGAUGAACCCCAACUGGAAUGAGGAGUACAACUCUACACAGAACAGCGCCGGCAAUGGAAAGAGAGAUUCCAACAUCCAUCUUUUUGGCCGAAACGUCUUCAGCGGGGCGGAGUACAAAUGCGGCGGCACCCUGCCAGAGUGCCAUCCCACCGGAAUUGCGACUGGUAUCGACUAUCUCAGAUCUGUCAAGGGGAAGCCCAAGAAUGGACCCGGUCCUGGAAACUGUGGUCGGGUAAGCUGCACCCAAAACGGCGCCAUUUGGUGGUGCAAUGAUAACGCCAGCUCAAAGACUUUGGACGGAUUCGGAGACAUUGCUGACGGCGCCGAGUAUCUCGGUAAGAAGUGCACACGAUGGGGCUGGGAGAAUGGUAGCUACAAAGCCUUCCUAUCCGGAAAGGCAUUUCACGAGGACAAUUGGAAUGUCAUUGUACAAAAGGACAGCUGCUAG